ACCACGUGCCAUCGUUUCACGUGUGUUUGCACAGCUUGGCUUACCUUUCGUCAAUCGUUGAAUGCCAAACCAAAACCGCUACUAACAACCACGGUUUCAAUUUUCUCUUCUCUGCGGCAGCCAUGGCCCUCCGAUUGUGUAACCCUCUUCGUUAUCCUUAUUCUCUCCCUUCAAUUCCCUGCAAAACCACCACAACACGCAGAUUCUCACUUCGGAGCAGCUCGGUAAACGAAUUUGAUUCCCGCAAGCUGGUUUUGGAAGUGAAAGAGAAGCUUGAGAAAGAUCAUUAUGAUCUCCCGGUGGGGAGUAAUGGAAGAGAUGAUGAAGAUAUGAUUCUCUGGUUCCUCAAAGAUAGAAGAUUUUCUGUGGAAGAAGCCAUUUCCAAAUUAACUAAGGCAAUUAAAUGGCGUCAAGAAUUUGGAGUGUCUGAGCUGACUGAAGAUUCAGUGAAAAGUAUGGCUGAAACUGGAAAAUCAUUUGUACAUGACUUUCUUGAUGUAUAUGACAGACCAGUGCUCGUAGUAGUGGCCUCCAAGCAUCUUCCUUCGGUGCAUGAUGCUGCUGAGAAUGAGAGGCUCUGUGUGUUUUUGAUUGAAAAGGCUUUAAGCAAACUACCAGAAGGGAAACAAGAAAUACUCGGCAUACUUGAUCUUCGUGGCUUUGGCACUGAGAAUGCUGAUCUUCAAUUCUUAACAUUUUUGUUUGAUGUAUUCUACGAUUAUUAUCCCAAGAGAUUGGGUCAAGUCCUCUUCGUGGAAGCUCCUUUUGUGUUCAGGCCAAUCUGGGAGCUUGUCAAGCCCUUGUUAAAACAUUAUGCUUCUCUGGUGAGAUUCUGCUCUGCGGAGACCGUGCGAAAGGAGUACUUUAAAGAAGAAACAUUGCCGCCCAACUUUAGAGAUUGACUAGUAUCAAGUUCAUCACCUUUAUAGAGACAAAACUGUAAAUCCUGCGCAUGUCGAUUCAUUUCAUUUGUUGAGAGAGAGAGAGAGAGAGAGAGAGAGAGAGGAAACCUUGUAAGGGAAAGAUACUUCCAGAAGUUGUUGAACAUUCAUUCAUGAUCAUAAACAAGAAACCUCCAAUCCCA